UUUUUGCUCGCGCUGCUCACGCGCGCCAGGCAGCUGUACGCGUCGUCAUUUGCACAGCGCGCUUUACAGGCGCUAGCAAAUUGCCAACACUCGCUGCGGAGCAUCGCUGCUCGCUGCGUUAACGCACCUGCGCUGCUCAUUUUUGAAACCUCGCCAGAGGCUCUGCGGCGCGCAAAGCGGUUUUCAGCCGCGACAGACUUAGAGCGAGCACCCAUCACGCUUGGUCUCGAUUGCAGAAAGCGGGUCAAGGCGCAUAAAGCACAGCCAUGGCCUCGGUAGUAGUAGUAGGCUCCGGCGGCCGCGAGCACGCCAUCGUCAAGGCCCUCGCGGCGAGUCCGAAAGUAUCAACGGUCUUCGCCGCGCCCGGCAACGGCGGCACGGAGGCUAUGGGCGGCAAGGUCCAGAACGUCGACGUCAAACCGAAGGAUGUUGCGGGAUGGGCGGCCGCGCGAGGCAUUAGUCUAGUGGUCGUGGGCCCGGAGCAGCCGCUCGUCGACGGCGUCUGCGACGAGUGUGCUGAUAAGGGCAUACCGGCCUUCGGCCCCUCGGCUCUCGCGGCGGAGAUCGAGGCCAGUAAAGCGUGGUCCAAGGCCUUCAUGGACCGCCACGGCCUGAAGACCGCGGCCUUCGAGACGUUUAAGAGGGAGGAGGGCGACAAGGCCCGAGACUACGUGAAGAGCUGCGGCCAUUCGGUGGUCGUGAAGGCUUCUGGUUUGGCGGCGGGCAAGGGCGUGUUGGUGCCGCCGCCCAAUGAUAUAGAAGCAGCCCUGAAAGCCGUCGACGAGAUGUUCCACCCCACCAAUAAAGCCUUCGGCGCGGCCGGCGACGUCGUGGUGAUCGAGCAACUGUUGACGGGGCCCGAGAUCUCAUUAUUCGCCUUUUGCGACGGCACGACGGCUCGCUGCAUGCUCCCGGCCCAGGAUCAUAAAAGAGCCCACGAUGGAGAUAGAGGGCCGAACACGGGCGGCAUGGGCGCGUACGCUCCCUCGCCCCAGAUCUCGGCGGCGGAACUCAAGGUCGCGGAGCGCAUCAUGCAAGAAGCGGUCACCGGUCUGAAGAAGGAAGGGAGACCCUUCGUGGGGUGUUUGUAUGGUGGGUUUAUGUUGACACCAGAUGGACCCUACUUGCUAGAGUUCAAUGCAAGGUUCGGCGACCCGGAGACGCAGGUCGUCCUACCUUUACUGAAGUCGGACUGUUUUGAAGUGAUGAGCGCGUGCGCGGCGGGCACCCUCGAUUCGGUGGAAGUCGAGUGGCGCGACGCCUGCGCGUGUACGGUUGUGGUAGCGGCCGGUGGAUAUCCGAACAAGUACGACAAAGGCCUAGUGAUGUCGGGUGUGGACGACGCUGAUUCACUACCAGGUGUCACGGUCUACCACGCUGGGACAAAGACGAAGGGCGAUCAAUUAGUAACGUCGGGCGGUAGAGUGGUGGCCGUGUCGUGCAUCGCCCCGGAGCUCAAGGGCGCCGUCCGCGGGGCUUAUGCCGGCGCGGCGCGUAUUAGAUUUGCGGGCGCGUUCCACAGGGGCGAUAUUGCCAGAAGGUGCUUGGACGCGCCCCUCAAGGUAGGCGUGUUAGGAAGCACGCGCGGUACGUCAUUACAAGCCGUGCUCGACGCUUUGUCGGGAGGUACUUUAAGGAACGUGGAGCUGGCGUGCGUCCUCUCGAACAAGAAGGACUCGGGGUUAUUAGAUAGGUGCCGGUCGUAUUGCCCCGUCCAUCAUAUCCCGGCGAAGAAGGGCGAGGAUCGAGCGUUGUAUGAUAGUAAACUCACGGCCAAGCUCCUCGAGCACGGCGUCGAAGUUGUGCUGUGCGUGGGCUGGAUGCGUAUUUUUUCAAAGGAGUUCUGCCAGGCGUGGCGCGGCCGCUGCAUUAAUGUGCACCCUUCUCUCCUACCAAAGCACGGCGGGCUGAUGGACUUGGACGUUCACGCGUCCGUGCUCAAGGCAGGCGAUAGUGAGACGGGCUGCACGGUCCACCUCGUCACGGAGGACGUGGAUGGAGGUACCGUACUAGUACAGAAGAGUACGACAGUGGAGAAGGGCGACACUCCAGAAACUUUGAAGGGCAAGGUCCAGGCGCUCGAGGGUCCUUCACUCAUCGACGCCGUCGAGGCGUUGAGAGAUGGCGACGCCGGGGCGCGCUUCGCGCCGCGGCCCCGCGUCACGGAGGAGGAAGAAGUUGUAGCGAGUGGCAGUGUCCCGCUGACGUACGCGGCCGCCGGAGUCAGUAUCGACGCGGGCAACGCCUUGGUCGAGCGCAUCAAGCCUCUGGCCAAGGCUACCACGAUCCCGGGCUGCGAGGGGAGUCUAGGUGGCUUCGGGAGCGUCUUCGACCUCGAGAAGGCGGGCUUCGGCGGCCCGGACGUGCUGCUCGUAAGUGGCACGGACGGCGUCGGCACGAAGUUGAGACUGGCGCAACGAGCCUCGUUGAUCGGCGACACGCGAACGAAAGCAGACAUCGCGCGCGGCCUGGGCAUCGACCUGGUCGCGAUGUGUGCAAAUGAUAUUGCGACCAUGGGUGCCCAGCCGCUCUUCUUCCUCGACUACUACGCUACUGGGGCUUUAGAUGUCGAUGCGUGUGCAUCAUUAGUAGAAGGUGUAGCGGACGGCUGCGCCAAGUCGGGCUGCGCCUUGAGUGGAGGGGAAACGGCGGAGAUGCCCGGCUUGUAUGGAGCGGGCGACUUCGACGUCGCGGGUUUUUGCGUCGGGGCGGUUAGGAAGCGCGACUUACUUCCAAGAACGUCAUCGAUGCAAGCCGGCGACGUGCUGAUUGGCGUGGCGUCGAGUGGUGUCCACGCGAACGGGUUUUCUUUGGUAAGGAAGGCCCUCGCGAAGUUUGCUAAACAGCAGAACACGUCCAUUUUCGCAUUGUUGGACGCGCCCGCUUCCAGUGUCGGUGCGGGUGGUGACGAGUCGCUCGCGUCGGUAUUAUUGGCGCCGACGCGGUUAUACGCGUCGACGAUGGGCGCGGUCCGCCAAGUACCAGGGUUGCGGGGCGCGGCCCAUAUCACCGGAGGCGGGUUAACCGAGAAUUUGCCAAGAGUCCUGCCGGACCACCUCAUGGCGAAGGUCACGCCGUGGGCGCUGCCGCCCCUGUUCGAGUGGCUGCGGCGGGCGUGCGGCGGCUUGCCCGACGACGAGUUGGUGCGGACGUUCAACGCGGGCAUCGGCCUCGUCUUCGUCGUCGCUGCCUCCGACGCGGCCGCGCUGAAGAAGGCGUUAUCGGACGCGAACGAGGGCGGCGUCGUCGACCUCGGCGUCCUCGCGGCGCGCGGCGGCGGGCCGGCGUGCGUCGUCGAGGGGAAGCUGCGGUCUUCCGCCUGAGCUAUAUCCUUGGACUCCCCCGUUUAAGGAACUUAUCCGUG